AUGAAAUCUGUUAUGCCUCCUAAUGUGUUUGAUUCUUUUGCAGGUUAUUUCGAAGAGCCAAGAACCGGAUCUUGUCCUAGAUUUGAGGAGAAGAAAGAAGUCGUCGAAGAAGUGAUUGAUGUGUCUAAAGAAAUGACCGGAGAAGUUCUGAAAGACAUUGCAGACAAAGCUUUAAUGGGAAAGCUUAAAGAGGUAGAUUCAGAACCCAAGGAUUCACAGUCUGUCGAUAAGGUGUCGGUUAACAAAGAGGAAACUGGAGUUCAGGAGGUCGAAUCUGCCAAACAGUUUGUGUCUAAGUCAAAGCAUAUCGGUAAAAUUGAUUGUCAUGAAAAGGUUGAUGAAAAAGAUGUUCCAAUCUCCGAAACGCCAUGCCAACAUUCUUAUGAUACCUUAGCCAGAUCAAUUAAGAUGAUUCAAAAAGAAAGCAUCGAAAAUGAUAAAGCUACUAAAUUGGCACAAGCUACACUGUUUGAUAAACAAAGAGAAGUCAAUUAUCAUCUUGACACAAUUGCGUCACUAAGAAAAGAACUUGAAUUGGCCAAGAUAGAGAAUGACAGGAUUGAUAAAAACAUUGAUAUCACUUUCACUGCAUCUGAUACUGAUAACGAAUCUCAGGUUAUCAAAAAUGUUAUCGACCAGGUGUUGGAUGAUGAAAGUGAGAAAUCUGAGAAGGCUAAUUCUGAAAAGACUGUCAGUGAUUCUGAAGACGAAGGAAAUUUUUUAGAUCGAUAUGUGCCGAAAUCGGAAAAAAGUAUGAAUGAUGAUCCGAUCAUGGUGAAUGUCAAGAUCGAAAAUGUUGAGAAAGUUUUUAAACUGGUUGAAUUGAAUGUUAACGAAAUCAAUAACAAAGAUUUCUUUUCGAAACUGAAAAAAUCUUUUGGUACUUCACGUCCCACUAGUUCGGAAAAGAAAGAUGGGAUUGGUAAAGGUCAAAACAAGAAAAAUCAGCUUAAAAACAAAGGUAUUGGGUUUGAAAAGAAAAUGGCUAAACAAGUGAUUAAACCAAAAGAAAAAAUGAAUGAUGUUUUUGUUGCUGGUCCUAGUACUGAUGUUGAAAAGGAGUAUAUUUUCAGUCAAAAAGUUGUGGACGAUUUCAAUGCAGCACAGAAGCUUAAAGAAGAAACAGUCAAUACUACUUUUGUCGAGUAUGAUAAAAGAGUGUGCUAUCGCUGCAAUGAAAUUGGACAUAUGGCAAAACAGUGUCAAAAAGUGUUUAAGAAACAUGUUGUUGAGAAACCAGUUCAAAAACAAAUGGUUGAGAGAUCAAAGGGGCUGCCCAAGUCAAUUCUAUCAAGAUGGAUCAUGGACAGUGGAGCAUCACGACAUAUGACCGGGUCUUUAGCUCUUCUUUAUGAUGUUAAGUCAAUCAACGGAAGCUAUGUUGGGUUCGCAGGGAAUCAAGGAGGAAGAAUGCCAACUUCAGUACUGUUCAAUCCUAUUCACAAUGUGUGUUGUAGUCUGGAUGAGGAGCAAAAUCCGAUGUUGUCGGAAUUCAGAGAUAUUCUGGAAUUCAUGAGGAGAGUACCAAUUUUGAAGGCUUUGACAGAGAAACGUUUAGUGUUCAGAUCUCAUAUUAAACGAUUUUGGAAGCACGCUUCUUAUGAUGAUCAAAACAAAACAAUUAACUCUGUUGUUAAGAUAAACGAUGAAAAGAAACCAAUUGUCAUUUCAGAAGCAGUUGUUCGAGAAGUACUUGAGUUCCCAGAUGAAGAGAAUUCGCCAACAAAAUUGCCAGAAAAGAUGGUUAAGGGAUGCAUGUUGAGAAUGGGAUAUGCUGGUGACUUAAACAGUGCAAGUUAUUUAAAGUCAAAAUUCACGAAGCCUUACAAGUUUCUUAUUCAUUCUGUGUUGAUAGCAAUGAGUCAUCAGAAAGGCGGUUUUGAUAUAAUGCGUGACUAUUUGAUGAACAUGGUUGUAGCUCUUGUAUUAAACAAAAAAUAUAACUUUUCUCAUAUUGUCUUCCAUUACAUGGUGGAUGAAAUAAAUUCGGACAGAAAGACUUGGUUAUAUCCAAGAUUUGUGCAGAUGAUGUUGGACCAUGCAUAUCCGAAUUUGUUUAGAGAUGAAAACAAUGAUCUGUUGGUGUUAUCGCACAUGGAUAAUGAUUCUAUUAGAUCUUUAGCCAGAUAUCAUCCAAAAUAUCUAGAGCCAACAAAAGCUGCUGAACUAUUUGGAGCUAUUAAAGAUAGUAAUUAUCAGGAUCCUGAUCCUGAAAAUCAUGAACAUUGGAGAAACGAAGCAGAAAGAAAAGAGAAGGGUUAUGCCGAAGAGUUGAAAAUUCUUAAAAAUUUCAUAUCAAAAAGAAGUGAAUGGUUCUUGAAUGAACAAAAGAAGAAGACCAGAAAAGCCACUCCUACUGUUAAACAAGUUGAAGGAUCUUCUUCACAUCCAAGAAAGAAGCAAAAGAAAGCUGCAACAAUGUCUUUGGUUGAUGAACCAGAAGAAGAUAAUCCAGUGGUUACUGCAGAAAAAGAACAAGUAGCAGCUACAGCUGAUGAUCCAUUUAAUACUGAUGUCUUGUUUGAUGCAGAUCUCUUGGAAACAGGGCCAGAAAUUGUUGCUAAUGUUGAACAAGUUGUAAAUGUUGAAGCACAGAAAGAGAAAGAAAAAGUUGCUGAUGAUAUUGAGGGUGACGAUGUAGAUAAGAGUACAACAAGUUCCUUGGAUUCUUCAGAUGAAGAAGUUGUUGAUGAGACUGAACGGUUACGAAGGAUUCAGGAGGAGAUAGAAAAAGAGAAGCUGUUAAGAAAAAGAAAGAGACAAGAGAAAGAUGAUGAUGAUGUCUAUGUGCCCUCUCCAGAACAUGUUUCAGGCUCACAAUCUUCUCCAAGAGUUAGAAAGAAAGCUGGAGGUCGAAAGAAAAUAGUUUCACCAAAGAUUGUCAAAGCUACUCCAAAGAUCAAGUUACCAAAGACUGUGCUCAAAAAGAAGAAACAAACCAAGAAACCACCUACACCACCACAUAAACCAACACCACCACAAUCACCUAUCCAAUCACCACUACGACAACCUACUCCACCACAACAAUCCUCACCACCUAAACAACCAACACCUCCAAGACAACCAUCACCGAUUCAUCAAUCACCACCACCACAACAAACUGUAUUUUCUUCACAAGAUCUAUUUGGUACACCUCCACUUUCUCAAAUACAACCUGGUACUUCUGGCAGAGGUCUUCAUACUCCACAGGAUAAUCUUUUAGAUGUUGGAGAUUUUGAUUUUGCCAACACUUCACAAGUCAGAAAUGUUGAAAAGAAAGUUGAAGAAGUUGUUGCUGAGAACAAGAAGCUGGCAGCUGAAAAUAAGAAAGUGUCUGAUAGAGAAAGACUUCUUGAGGCACAUGUGAAGAAGUUAGAAAAUGAGAAUCAAGAGUUGGUGAAAAAGAUUGACGCUGAUCAAACUGAAAUUGAUAUAUUGAAAGUGCGUGUUGCUGAGCUUGAAGAGGAAAAGAAUAGAAGAGAUAGUCAAAAUAAAUACUUCAAGUUAAAAAAUAAAGAACUGGAAGCAGCUAAAAAGGCAAGAGAUCAUGAGUUCUACAUGCUAAACAAAGUCGUUGAAAGUAUGCUUGGAACGUCUAUAGAAGAAAAGUUUGAAGAGCUACAAGUUGAAGAAAUCAGGGCGCAACGUCAAGCAGAAAUAGAGAAAUAG